AUGACGGACCAUAGGAAAAACGCCGUCUUUGUGGCCUCUGGCUGCUACUUCAUCUCGGUCAUCUUUCUCAUUCUUGUCAUCAUUGGCAACACGAGCGACAAGGCCGUCUUACGAGACAUCUACUUCUUCAAGCUUCAAGUUGCCAACGUCAUCCCCCUGGAUGCUCCCAACGCUCGCCUCUUGAACUCUGUGGCGCGUAGCCUUGGACUUCACGACUUCUACCAAGUAGGCCUAUGGAAUUUCUGCGAAGGUUUCAACGAUGAAGGAAUUGUCUUCUGCUCAACUCCCCGAAGGUUUUACUGGUUCAACCCGGUCGAGAUUCUCAUGGAUGAGCUCCUGGCCGGUGCAAAGAUUGCCCUGCCGACUCAGGUCCUCACGAUUCUCGACCUCCUCCGUCUUGGCCAGCAGGUGAUGUGGGCCUUCUUCAUCGUUGGCAUCGUCCUCUGCUUCAUCCUCAUGUUCCUCACCCCUCUUACUCUCCGCUCCCGCGGAUGGUGUAUACCCAUCGUCUCCUUUGCCCUCAUCGAUUCCAUCCUCGUCGGCGGCGCAACAGUCCUCGCCACCGUUUUCAGCGUCGCCGCCAAGUACGCCCUCACCCUCCAGUCCGAGCUCAACAUCGGCGUCGACCUUAGCCCCGUCAUGUUGGCCUCUAUGUGGAUCGCGGCCCUGCUUACCGUCACCGCCUUCUUCCUUCACUCCGCUGUCGGCUGUUGCUGCCAUACCUACAAGCACCGGGAUGGGGAGUGUACCCCAGAUUCCGCCAAUUCGCCGCGUGUUUCGGAGAAGAAGCGCUUCAGCGUCCAGGAUUUUAUUAACAAGAGGAGAAGCGCGCAGACCUCCUCGGCGAGGGUCUCUUCAACCUGA